GCAGUUUGGUGGUAAAAAAAAAAAAAAAAAUCAAUUUCAUGGUUAGCAAUGAGAUUGCUCACUUCGACCCUAACGCCGACCAUUUUGUUGUGCCUUUUGAUCACCACUCUCCCCCGGCCUUCUAUCGGCGAUGACACCUUAACCAGCGCACAGUCUCUCGAUGAUGACGAUGAUGGAAAAACCUUGAUCUCCGCCGGUGGUAGCUUCGCCUUAGGCUUCUUCUCCCCCACCGGCACCGACAACCGUUACGUCGGUAUAUGGUACAACAAGAUCUCCGUCUGCACGGCCGUGUGGGUAGCCAACCGCCUCCGUCCGCUCACCAAUCGACAUGGAAGCCUGAAGCUGCUGGCAAACGGAACGCUCGAGGUUACCGACGAGAACUCCACCGUCCUCUGGUCCUCGACCUCUUCGGCCGCCGUCCGAAAUCCGGUGGCUCAACUGCUCGACGACGGAAACUUGGUCGUCAGAUCAGCGGCCGACGAUGAGUCUAACGCCAGCUUCGCGUGGCAGAGCUUCGAUUACCCGACGGACUCGCUGUUGCCCGGCAUGAAGGUGGGGUGGAACCUGACGACCGGGUUCAACCGGCAGCUCUCUUCAUGGACCAGCACCAUCGACCCGGCGCCGGGCGAUUUCACCCUCGGCAUCGACUUGGAAGGUGAUCCGCAGUUAUUGGAGUGGUCGUCCUUCUCCAGCGAACAGGGGACGAAGCAGCCGAAGUGGCGGGGGGGACCGUGGAAUGGGCUGGGGUUCUCCGGCAUACCACAGAUGCAGUCCUACAACAUGUUCUCUCUCCGUUUCACGGCCGACGAUCAAGAGGUAGUGUACUGGUUCGAGAUGUUGGAUCCGACGUUCGUGUCCCGGUUGGUUGUCAACCAGUCGGGAGCUCUUCGACGAGUGGUGUGGGUGGAGAACGACCGUUUGUGGAAUCCCAUCUGGGAGUCGCCCGUGGACUGGUGCGACGACGAAAUCUCACCGUGCGGUCAAAACGGCGUCUGCGACGCCGAGUCCUCGCUGAGGUGCGCGUGCGUGACUGGGUUCCGCCCCGCGAACCCGACGAGCUGGAACUUGAGAGACGGCACGGACGGCUGCGCCAGGAAGACGGCGUUGGAUUGCAAGAACGGGACGGAUGGGUUUUUUCUGCUUCGGGGGGUGAAGCUUCCGGACACGUCGAGGUCGACGGUGGACUGGAGCACGACGGUGAGUGCGGGGCAGUGCCGGGCGAGGUGUUUGGGCGACUGCUCGUGCACGGCGUACGCGCAGGCAAACAUCAGCGGGCGCGGGAGCGGAUGCAUCACGUGGACCGGAAAUCUCACUGAUCUCAGGCUGUAUGGCAACGGAGGUCAGGAGCUCUAUGUCCGGCUCGCCGCCGCCGAUCUCCGCUCAGGUUCAAGGAACGUCUCCUUCACUGUGGUUAUUGUCAUUCUCUCUAUCCUUGCAACUUUGUCCCUCGCUCUUGUUGUUUACUGUAUCUGGAGGAGGAGGAGGAGGAGGAGGAGGAGGAGGGAAAGUGAAGCUACAAGGACACUUGAUUUAGCAGGCAUGUCACAUAGUAUUUUGUUGGCCCGACGACAAGGUGAUGAAGGAACCGAAGCAAAUAACUUGGAGAUAUCUUUAUUUAGCAUUGAUGAGGUUGUAAACGCCACCGACAACUUCUCCGUCAUGAGCAAGCUUGGCGAGGGUGGAUUUGGUUCGGUUUAUAAGGGUAAAUUAGGAGAGGAACAACUCGAAGUGGCUAUGAAGAGACUAUCAAGAAACUCAAUGCAAGGGGUUGAUGAAUUCAAGAAUGAGAUAACAUUGAUCGCAAAACUACAGCAUCGGAAUCUCGUUCGUCUAAUUGGUUAUUGCAUUCAGAAAGAAGAGAGAAUUUUGAUCUACGAGUUUAUGAAUAAUGGAAGCUUGCACUCCUUCAUAUUUGAUAAAGUUAAAGGUGCAUUGUUGAAUUGGACUACACGGUACAACAUCAUCGUUGGAAUUGCUCGUGGCCUUUUGUACCUUCACGAAGAUUCUAGAUUUAGAAUCAUUCAUAGAGAUUUGAAAGCAAGCAACGUCCUUCUUGAUAAAGAAAUGAAUCCUAAGAUAUCUGAUUUUGGCAUGGCAAGAAUUUUUAAAGGAGAUGAAACGGAAGUUAAUACUAAGAGAGUUGUUGGAACAUAUGGAUAUAUGUCUCCGGAGUAUGCUAUGGAUGGAAUUUUCUCAGUUAAAUCAGAUGUAUUUAGUUUUGGUGUUUUAGUUCUUGAAAUUAUAAGCGGGAAGAAAAAUCGAGGAAUUUAUAACUCUACAUACAACUUGAAUCUUCUAGGAUACACUUGGAGCUUGUGGAAAGAAGGAAAUGGUUUGAAACUAGUUGAUGAAUCCAUUGGUUAUUCCUUUCCAAAGGCUGAAAUAUUAAAGUGUGUAAAGAUUGCACUUUUAUGUGUUCAAGAGUACCCACAAGAUAGACCGACAAUGUCUACAAUAUUAUUAAUGAUGGGCACUGACAUUGCACUUAUACCGCAACCACGACAACCGGGAUUUGUUGGUAUACGAGGCCCAAAUGAGAUUAAUUCUUCUUCGGGAAGCAAUCAUGAUUCAUUAUCUAUAAAUAACUUAUCAAUCACAGCAUUUGAAGGAAGGUAACAAGAGAAAUUGAAUAGAUAUUAUGGAGACCGGUUCUGAUCAUGUAAAUAAGUUAAAUAAACUUUGAGUGUAUAUCAGAACUGUUGGAUUGUUUGUUGUUAUUAACAUUCAAAAUUGGCAUUAUACUAUCAAUAGUUGUUUGGUAUACUGGAGUUAAA